CUGGGGGGAGGGGGCGGUGUGUGUUGUGCUGCUUAGUUUCUGCUCAAUCACUGAGCUCGUCACGCAGUGUCUGGUGUGUACAGCUACGGGCGGCAGGGACUCGGGGACGAGAAGCAGCAGCAGUUGUGCACUAAGUUGGGGCAGAGGCGCGGCUACAGGAUGGCUGUCGAUGGAGGAAUGAAAUGUGUGAAAUAUCUCGUCUUUAUUUUCAACUUGUUGUUCUGGAUCUGUGGCAUUGCUCUCAUAGCACUGGGAAUCUAUGUUCAGGUCACUCUUAACAGCUCUGUGAUCAUCAAAAAUGCUGCCUCCGCUGCCCCUGCCAUUGUUCUUAUCGCAGUGGGAGUCGUUAUCUUCUUUAUCUCCUUCUUUGGAUGCUGUGGGGCUGCAAAGGAAAACUACUGCAUGGUGACCACGUUUGCCGUCCUCCUGUCUUUAGUGUUCCUUGUGGAAAUAGCAGCUGCGAUCGCUGGUUAUGUUUUCCGGGAUAAGAUUCAAGGUGCAUUUCAAGAUGCAAUAACAGAUGGUAUGAGCAAAUACAACACUAACAACUCCUCGAGAGAACAGAUCGAUGGCCUACAACGUGAUUUCCACUGCUGCGGUGCCGCUAAUGCUACGGACUGGUCUAAGUAUGACCCUUAUAAAGCCGGGAACGUUGUCCCUGAUUCUUGCUGUAAAAACUUCACUCUUGGCUGUGGCAAGAACACAUCUAGUACCAACAUUUAUACUUCAGGUUGUGCAACAAGCAUAGAGACAACAUUGAAAAAGAAUGUGGGAAUUGUGGCUGGAGUGGCCCUGGGUAUUGCAUUCUUUGAGCUGUUGGGGAUUGUCUUUGCCUGCUGUUUAAUGAAGGGAAUCCGCAGUGGAUAUGAAGUGAUGUGACCUGCCACUACACUGGAUAUGCCGUGAUGUCCCUUUCCCUGUUGCCAUGUUAAGAUGCAAAUGCUAGUCUGUACCUCCUGAUUUGUAUUACGUUUGCACAUGCCACUUACUGACUUGAUAUGGCAAAGCAUGUUACUUCUUGUGUGAAUUGGGUUAAAAAAAAGUCUGCAUCACUAGUUUUAUUUUUAUAUCCAAAGAAAAUCUGUUCUUAUAACUGUCCUUUUCUCCCUGAUUUUUUUUUUUUUUUUUUUUUGGGGGGGGGUUUCUCUUUCUAAAUGUUUUAUAUUAAACCAUAGUCUUAUUAAAGAUAAUUUAUAACAAAGCCUGGAUAUAAAAUAAGCAGAUGGUAACAUUCCUUCAGUGCCUUAUUGCAACAUUUUGCUUCACCUCCAAGUGGAGCCGACUGUCUUGAUGCAAACAUCUACAUGUAAAAAGUGUAUGUAAAUUGUGCCAUAAGUUUUGUCACUGAUUGAUGUCCUGUCAUUUUUGCUAAAUAACAUGUGCUAUACAGUACUCUUAUGGUGUUCCAAGUUUCCAUUUCUACAAAGCACAAAUUGUAAAAUGCCACGAAUAAACUGAUACAACGGCUUUAA